AAAUGAUGCAAGUAUUAGGCCUGAUUCUAAUUUUAUUAUGCGUAUAGGCGUUUAAAUUGGUUUAUAUAUCUGAUCCUAAAGCUUUAUGCUUAGAUGGCACACCAUCUGUACAAAUUUAUAAAAUAAUAAGUCAUUUUAUAAAGCUGAAGGAUAUGGUACAGGAGCAAAGAAGUAUAUUUUGCACUUUUAAGGAGGAUCGUAAAAUAAAUAUUUAUCUAUUUAUUUAGGAGGAUUGGGGGAUAAUCAUAUGAUUAAUUACUCAAAUCAGCUUUGACAAGGUACAAUUAUAAUUUAUAUGAGAUCAAAGACAGUCUUGGGAAGCUCUAAGAAUUUGAAUUAACAAAUGUUUUAUCAUGGCUGGUUUGAGAGAACGAAAAUUGCGAAUGAGUAUUACUAUAAUUGGAAUAUGAUUCACCUAAAUUAUUGUGAUGGAACAUGUAGAAAUUUCAUUAAUAUCUUUAGUACAUCAAGGGUAUAAAUCUGAUCCGGUAGAAUACAAUGGUGAGAAACUAUAUUUUAGAGGAGAUCAAAUAGUUAAAUCAUGGUUGUCAGAUUUAAGUGAUGAAUUAUCGAAAGCUGAAUUGGUAAUAGUUUCUGGAUGUUCAGCUGGAGGAAUAGCUGCCUACUUUUGGGUUGAUUAUAUAAGAUCCUAAUUGCCAGCCAGUGUAGUUGUUUAUGGAGUUCCAGAUUCAGGCAUUUUCAUUGAUAUGCCAGCUAUCGAUGGUACAGAUAAUCAGAAGCAAUCGCUUAAUUUACUACUGGAACUAGUGAAUACUGAAGUUACCCAUCCAAAUAGAGAAUGUGUUAAUAACAAUUAGCAAUAGAAAUGGAAAUGUUAUUAUGCAUAAUAUUUGUUGGAGUACAUAAAAACUCCUUUGUUUAUUGUUCAAUCAUUAUAUGAUUAUUAUAGUUUGAGUUAGAUGUUCAAAGUGGAUUGUUCUGAUAAUUAUAAUUUAACAUAUUGCUCUUAGGAAUAAUUGGAUUUUUCAUAAACUCUAUAUUCAAAAACUCUUGAUGUUCUAAUGAAAAGAAAGUAAAAUUUUUUAGAAACAGGUGGAUUUGCCCCUAGUUGUUUAGAACAUUGUUUUUUAUUAACACCUCGCUAUGAUUCUUCUGAUUGGGAAGUACCAGGAUUAUCAGGAAACACACUAGAAAACACAUUAUAAAAAUGGCUUAAUUCUAAUUAAAAAUAUGAUGAUAAUUUCUACAUCGAUAGUGUUGAAUGGCCAGAUAAUGAUAAGUGCUCAAAUUCAGAAAUGUCAAACUAUUAGAUUUAAAUUUAGAUUAUUUUCAUAAUAAUUUUUUCAGUUAUAUUUAAUUGA